UAUUUGUCCGGCGAAACCAGAAUAUCUGGUCCCGGAUGUAAAAAAUGGGUGCCAAUGACCAUCUUUAAAUAUCUACACAUAUUCUCAUGUGGUUGAUACUCGUUGACACUGAGGAAUGGAGGUGGUAGACAGUCCCCUUAACCUCGCCCAUCAGCAUUGCAGGAAAGCAGACCGCUUGCUCGCAGCUGGCAAAUAUGAAGAAGCCAUCUCCUGUCAUAGGAGAGCAGCAGAACUUCUGAAGGAGGCCAUGAAGCUUACAGAAUGUGAACAGGCUCGCCUGUCUCUGGAGCUCCAAAGAGAGAGUCACGUGAAGCAGCAGCGGCUGAUUGAGGAAAAGUGGAAACGGGCCAGACGAGAAGGCAAGCCCCGAGUCCUCCAGGCUGUUCCCCCCACCGUCGAACAGUCGCCCGGCCCUCACUCGCAGGGCGCCCGGGCCCCUGCGGCCUGCUCCAUCCCCGGGCAAGCCCCGGAGCGCGAGUACGACACCUGGCUGUAUCUCCUGAAGAACAAAGACGCCCCUCCGGAGCCCUGCUCGGGCAGCAAGGCCCAGAAAGACGACAAGACCCGUCUGGAGGAGCAGCAGACCACCAUUGCCAACCUGCGCAAGCUGGUGGAUCACCUGGUGAGCGAGAACGAGAGGCUGACGCAGGACAACGAGAGGCUGCGGACGGAGAAUGCCCGGCUGAAGAAGGAACCCUACGCGGACGCCGAUUUCGUGGAGAGGUCAGAGCUGUGGGUGAUGCCGCAGCCGGCGGAGGACAGGAAAGCCAAGGACAUUCCCAUCCCGCAGCUCCCGCCGCUGGAGAUGCCCACUCAGGAGAUCCCCCUGGAGGACCUGCCUCCCCUGGAGCUUCCCGAGGACAUCCAGCAAGAGCUGCAGGAGCUGCUGGAUGGAGAGAAGCUGUGAUGCCACCUGAGACGCGUGAAAGGCAGAUUUUAGCGCUCACUCUACACUCACUCGGUGCUUCACUAAAGGGAGAAACGCGGCGGCAGAGGCUGGGACACAGUGAGAGAGGUUGUUAUGGAAAAAACAAAACAAAACAAAACCCCUGGUUUUAAUAAACACCAUGACCGUGGCCUUUGGCACUUUGAUUAGGUGGCACAAAUGACACUUUUU